UAUCUCAUAAUCCUAAGCUGCUGAUUCAAUAUUAUAAUUAUUAUUAUUUGAAAUGGGUGCAGUUUGGGUUUCGAGAUCAACAAGGUGCAUUGCUACAUCUCUAGCAAGCACAACCAAGAUCGGCGCCGUUUUGGGCCGCCUUCUCAACGCUUCUGCUUACCAUUCUACCGCCUCAUUGCCCACCGCCGGCGCCGGCGCCGGAAUGCGGGAGCAGAAGCCUGAAUUAUCCGGGAAGUCGGCCGCCAUUUUCUCGCCGCGGCGUUUCGAGUCCAUGAAAGCUGCGCAGCUAGCGGAGGCACCCUGUUACUCUUCCGAGGACGAUUACGAUGAUCAUUAUGACCCCAAUCGGACAUUGGAUUUUCCUGGUGGAAGGGUGCCCUUUACGGCGCAGAUGAAGUUUAUCUCGGAGGCUACUGAUCGGAGGAUUCCAUGUUAUCGUGUACUUGAUGAUGAUGGCUAUGUCUUGCCUGGCAGCACUGUAUUCGAGCAGGUGAGACAAGAAAUGGCAAUGAAGAUGUAUAGUGCGAUGGUGACUGUUCAAACUGUGGACACCAUAUUUUAUGAAGCUCAAAGGCAGGGGAGAUUGUCCUUUUAUUUAACCUCUUUUGGAGAAGAAGCUAUCAGCAUAGGAUCUGCGGCUGCCCUCUCGCCGGAUGAUGUUUUAAUGCUUCAGUACCGGGAACUAGGAGUUCUGUUAUGGAGAGACUUCAGCCUGCAAGAAAUGGCUAACCAGUGCUUUGGGAAUAAGGGUGAUUAUGGGAAGGGCAGGCAAAUGCCUAUCCAUUAUGGCUCUAACAAGCACAAUAUCUUGACCAUCUCUUCACCUCUGGCAACCCAGAUUCCUCAGGCUGCUGGGGUGGCUUAUUCACUUAAAAUGGAUCAGAAAGAUGCUUGUGUUGUCACCUACUUUGGUGAUGGUACCACCAGUGAGGGAGAUUUCCAUGCGGGGUUAAAUUUUGCAGCUGUAAUGGAAGCUCCAGUGGUGUUCAUUUGCCGCAACAAUGGAUGGGCCAUUAGCACCCCUGUUUCAGAACAAUUCCGAAGUGAUGGAAUUGUGACUAAAGGGCAAGGUUAUGGAAUCACCAGCAUCCGAGUAGACGGCAAUGACGCUCUCGCAGUUUUCAACGCCAUCCGUGUGGCUCGCGAAAUGGCAAUCAAGCAACAAAAACCAAUACUUGUCGAGGCCAUGACUUAUCGCGUGUCUCACCACUCUACAUCCGAUGAUUCCACCAAGUACCGCCCCACAGAAGAAAUAGAGCACUGGAAGACGGCGAGAAGCCCCGUGGCCAGGUUCAGAAAAUGGAUACAGAGGCAUGGAUGGUGGAGCGACGACCACGAACAUCAACUUCGUGGAAAUAUAAGAAAACAGGUGUUACAGGCAAUUCAAGAAGCAGAGAAGAUGGAGAAACCUUCACUUGCAGAGUUGUUCACUGAUGUGUAUGACAAAGUGCCUUCAAACCUUAAAGAACAGGAAAGGUUGUUAAGAGACAUUGUUAUGCGACACCCAAAAGAUUACCCUGCAGAUGUUCCCGUCUAGGCCGCCUAUUUUAUCUAAAUUUCGUAUAUAUAUAUAUAUAUAAGUUUAUAAAUGCAUGCUUAAAUAUGUAUAAACCCUUCAUUAUUAUGAUGAUGAUGAUGUUGAACUGUAGUAUUGCUGUCAUCAAUAUAAAUUAAUGUAUAUCUUCAAUAAGUUAACCUAAAAGGGGUUAAUGAUGAUGCCGAUUAAUCA